AUGGAGACGUUCUCCAUCGCUGCUUCCAGCGCGAGCAAGUCGGUUGAACACACCCCAAGAGCCGCUUCCAGUAGUGGCUACUACUCUGACAGCACAGCUUCUUCAGCAGCAGAGAUCUCGUCUUCACUCCUCGAGACCUUCAGGACUAUUCUCACCGAAGCUGACAGCUAUAUCACGCACUUCGAAGGACGGAUCAAGCUCGAGGAAGAGUACAUCAAGAGCUUCAGACUAUUCCUUGGAAGGCAGAAGGAACUAGACUCGAAGGUCAACUCCAAGAUUGUUGGCGAUGUCGGUCUUAUGGCUGAUGCCCAGCGCUAUCCUGGACUUCGUCGAGCUUGGAUCGAGAUGCGUCAGAACGACCAGAGAGAGCUCGAAGCAAGGACGUACAUGGUUGAAACUUGUCGUCAGAAAGUCCUCGCUCCGUUGUUAGCCUUCCGUGACUCGCAGGAACGUAUCCGUAAGCGUGUCAAAGAGGACCUACGCAACAGCUUGUCUCAGUACGACGAGACGCGUAAUGUCAACUUGCCAAAGAUUCGACGUGUCUACGAGAAGAAGGCAGAGGAGGUGGAGCACCUCCAGCUCCAAGCUCAAGCAGUGGAGGAUCAGCGGAUCCUCUUGAGCACCAAGACGGCGGAUCGAGAAGCUACAGGUAUCCACCACAGCCGUGGCCCUUCGUCGCCCGAUUUUGAACCCUCUGCCACUUCGCCACCAUCAACGUUCUCAUCAGCGACUGGCGGGAGCAUUUGCGGCCCAGCCCUCAUGCGUCGCAAAAGUAGUCGUCGUCAUUCCCGCCGUCAAUCGAACGCAUCCUCCAGGUCACUCGGCAAUUCGGUCAGGGGCGCCGAAAGCUCGGACGAGAGAUCCACCUUUGGGUCACCUCCAACUACCGAAUCACACUUACCCCCUUCCAACAACCCAGCCCUCUCCACCUCCCCACCUAGUCCAAAUCAGGAGAAGGGCAAGCCCAACUUCUUCGAGGUCUUCAAGUCACGCGAAGGAUGGGACACAGCAAGGAAGGAAGCGCCCAAAAAGAUCGGCGCUCUCAUCAAUAGGAUGCGAGAAGGCAGUCAGACGGGAAGUCCUGGAGGUCUCGGUCCUGGUGACGGUGGAAGUUCGACACUCUCAAUGAGCGAAACCCUUCUUGGGUCCUUCGGUGGCAGCGGCAACAACCCGUACAAGGCGACGCAAACGAUCGCAGCAAAGCAGGCUCGGGCAAAGCGAGAGGUCGACGAGGCAGACAAGGCAUACCGCAAGGCCAUCUUCGACCUGGAAACACUGCGCCUACGCAGGCUACGGACAUUCAAAGCUGCUGCUGCUUCUGUGCUGGAAUGCAAAGCAGAGCUAGCUCACACCGCCCAGGCUGUCUGGCUGCAAUCAGAGCGCUCUCAGAUCUCCCUACACAGCAAAGGUAGCGGACUCCACCAACACAGCGAGGAGCUCGUCAAGAUAGCCCUGGAAGACUUAGAUCAAGAACUCAAGGCCAUGGAAGCUAACCUGCCGGGAGCCAAAACCCUCGAAGACAGCAGGGUCUCUUACGUCAACUACUGGCACGGAGAGCUUAAAAACCUCAUCUUCGGUACUCCUCUGACCGACUAUCCCCUCACCGUACCUUAUCGACUCAACGAUACAGUCGCACCGCCGCUUAUCGUGACCAAGUGUAUCGACUUUAUUGAGAAGCACGCCAUCGACUUGCCCGGAAUCUACCGUAUCUCAGCCAAGCAGUCGAGUGUCAAGCAGCUUGCUCUAGCAAUCGAGAAGGACGAGCUUGGCUUCCAGUUUGACGCCGCCAAGGAUGACUCUGCUGCUGUCGCCGGCGUCUUCAAGGACUAUCUCCGUCAACUUCCGGAGCCUGUACUCGCUAUACCCUGGGCAGAAAGGAUCAAGUAUACCCACGAAAGAGAGGAGCAUAUCCGUAACGGCUUUGCUGUGCUCAAAGGCAAGAUUCGUCGCCUACCUCCCAUCCACCAGAUCACCCUCAAGGUCAUUGUACACCAUCUCAGCAAGGUUGCGCAGCAUGCCGACCAGAACAAGAUGACAGCUGCCAAUCUCAGUGUUGUCUUCUCACCAUGCUUACUCUCUGAAGCUGACCAUGAAACUACAAGCGUAGCUGCGGCAAUGGAGGAGGACAAGACGAUGGAAGACCUCAUUUUGUAUUGCAAUGAUAUCUUCGACCUCAAGACCGCCGGAGCGCCCUUGUUGCCGCCAAUAUCGUCCACGCGUGCAGGUGAACUGUCCAGGGUUGGGCAAAGCGCUGCGGACGCUGCCUUCGCAUCUUCCGAGGUUGACGUAGAGGCACCAUCACCUUCGGACCUUCCAUUUGUUGGCGGGAGCACGAACUUGAAGAGAAGCAACGCCAUCACGCCUGCCGUGGUCAGCGAAGGCACCGUUGCCGUCGAUGCGAAGCCGUCGACGUUGGCGACAAAACUGCAACACAAUGAUAGCGUUUUGAUUGGUGCCGUCGUUUCGUCCGAUCCGGAUCCGACGACGUUGCAGGGCCUGUCACGGCUGCAGACUGGAGACCUAGUGGCGUCAUCGAAAGGCGGGUCGAGCAGUGCUGCCGUUGCUGGCUCGCAGAGGGUGGGUUCCAGGCCAGUUUCCCGGGCCGAGACGGACGCAAGCCCUUCAAUUGGCAUUGCUGUAGACGAUAGCCGGACUCAAACUAUUGAUCCGGUCGCGAUCGGAGAGAGCAGUGCGGCCGAGAGCCCUCUGCCUACACCGAUCUCGAGCACGGGCCUGUCCGGUGAGGAGGGUCAGAUGUACUUGGCCGCUUCCUCGACAAUUGAACCCUCAACAGCGGCAGCUCAAUCCACUGGACCUCUGACACCUGGUCUCUUGACAUCCGCGUCUGUGCGAUCACUGCUGGACAACGUGGUUGACUCGGCCCAGGCGUCGCAUGGCCAUCCGACACCAACAGCUGAACACGGUGACCCUCAUGCUGCUGCCACAGUCAACUCGCCGCUUGAGCCUGUAAGUAUAGUCCACCAUUAG